CGCGUUGGACCACCACAUGAAAGAACCGAGUAUAAAUUGAAAACAAUGUGAAUAACUUGCGCUCUUUUACGAUUCAAACCUCGAGGUGUGAGGACGUCAACGUCUAGUUAGAGUGUUGUGCCAGCCGAUCGACCAACCAACCGUUUUAUUAAAGAACAACUAAAAAAUUUUUAUAUACAUAUAACAAAUCAUAAACUUAAUUUAACAUUUUACUUGUGGCUGCAGCGGAUAAAACUUAGAUUUUUUUAAAAAAAGAAUUACAAACCAAGAAAUCCACUCGCUCUACAUCAACCAAACACAAAUCUUCUGGCAAAACUACUACCACAACAACAGCAACGAUUUCAAAUUCAACAAGGAAUUAGAAGCAACAAAAGAACAAAAAAUACUUUUUUUCUUUAGAACCGGAAUUUAUCAACAAAAAACUUUAACAAAAUGCCACAAACAGUUACCAAUGGACACUCAAACGGUUGCAACGGCAACGGCACUCAAUAUGACAUGGAAGAUGGACAAUCAUUUCUAUUCACUUCCGAAUCUGUAGGUGAAGGACAUCCCGAUAAAAUGUGCGAUCAAAUCAGUGACGCUAUUUUGGAUGCACACUUAAAACAAGAUCCCGAUGCUAAAGUUGCAUGUGAAACUGUUGCUAAAACUGGUAUGAUUCUAUUAUGCGGUGAAAUUACAUCAAAGGCUGUAGUUGAUUAUCAAAAAGUUGUACGUGAAACUGUUAAACACAUCGGUUAUGACGAUUCUUCAAAGGGUUUUGAUUAUAAAACAUGCAAUGUAUUGUUAGCCUUGGACCAGCAAUCGCCAGAAAUUGCCGCUGGAGUACAUAUUAACCGUUGCGAAGAAGAAAUCGGUGCCGGAGAUCAGGGUAUUAUGUUUGGUUAUGCCACCGAUGAAACUGAAGAAUGCAUGCCCUUGACUGUCGUUUUGGCGCACAAAUUGAAUGAAAAAAUUGCUGAAUUACGUCGUUCCGGUGACUUCUGGUGGGCUCGUCCCGAUUCAAAGACACAGAUCACUUGCGAAUAUUUGUUCGAUCAAGGUGCAGCUGUUCCCAAACGUGUCCAUACCAUUGUCGUCUCGUUGCAACACUCUGAAAAGAUCGCCCUCGAAGAUUUACGCUCUGAAGUUAUGAAUAAGGUUAUUAAAGUAGUCAUUCCCGCCAAAUAUUUAGAUGCCAAUACCGUUGUACACAUAAAUCCCUGUGGUUUAUUCGUCAUUGGUGGUCCAAUGGGUGAUGCCGGUUUGACUGGUCGCAAAAUCAUAGUCGAUACCUAUGGCGGUUGGGGUGCUCAUGGUGGUGGUGCCUUUUCGGGUAAAGAUUAUACUAAGGUCGAUAGAUCGGCGGCUUAUGCUGCACGUUGGGUGGCAAAAUCAUUAGUUAAGGCUGGUUUAUGCAAACGUUGUUUGGUUCAAGUAUCAUAUGCUAUUGGCUUGGCUGAACCUCUAUCCAUAACAGUUUUCGAUUAUGGCACCUCACACAAGUCCCAAAAGGAAUUGUUGCAAAUCGUUAAGAACAACUUCGAUUUGAGACCCGGCAUGAUUGUUAAGGACCUCAACUUGAAACAUCCCAUCUACCAGCGCACAAGUACUUAUGGCCAUUUCGGUCGUGACGGUUUUGCUUGGGAGCAAGCUAAAUCUUUGCAAAUCAAUUGACUAGAAGCUGAUACACAGCUGCUGCCUCAGCCACCGUGUGCUAAAAAAUGUAAAACCGCGUAAUUUUUAGUUAUUAAUUUUAAUCAUAUUUCUUUUUCUUAUUUUUUAUUUUAUAUAUAUUAUUAUUAUAAUUUUUAUUUUGUGCGGAAAGGAAAAAGCUGAAAAUUCUUAGCUACAAACAAAAGUAAUUAAUAAUUUACAAGCAAACAACAACAAAAAAAAGAUGAUUGAUUUUAACAUCAACAACAUGGAAAGAGCCCUUAAUUUUUUCAUAUAAAGUGAAAAAAAGGCAUUUCAAUUUCUCUACUCUUUUUUUUUUAAUAUAUUUCGCUUUUACCAUUUUUAAACAUUAACUUAAAUUUAGUUUUAGUUGCCAAAACAUUAAAAAAAAGUUACAAAAAAUAUCAAGAAUAUAAUAAAAAACUGCAAAAAAACAAAACAUUAAGUAAAACAUUACAAACUGUAUAACAAAAUAGACAAAGAAACAAAAACAAAAAACAAGAAUAAACAAAACAACACUGCUAUUUACAACAAUAGUCAAGAAUUCUUCCUUAAUUUAUCAUAAUCAUUAAACAAA